CCGGCCGCCCGGUGGGUGUUCCUCUCUGCCUCUCGCGCUCUCUCCUCGCGGCCUCACAUCCGGGUCUGGAGCGCGGCCGCUGUCAGUGUCGGUGCGGCGCGUCGGGGGCCGGGCCGGGCGCAGUCAAUGGCGGCGCGGGGAGGCGGGGCGGCGGCCGCGCUCAGCCCGGAGACCCCCAAACUUUAGGCUCGGAGCCCCACAACUUUCUGGGAAGUGCGGCCGCUCCGGGGGCGUGGACGGAAGGGGAAGCCGAGGCGGAAAGUCCAGGGGGAAGCGGCGCGGAGCCGGGGAGACUCGAACCCGCGGCGAAGGCGUGCGGAGUCCGCCCGAGCCUCGCGCCGCCGCGCCCCCGCCUCCUCCCCGCGGCCCCCGAGCGGAGCCGCGCGCGCGAGCCGAGCCCGGGACUUGCGCGGGCCUCGCCGGCGGCGGCGGCGGCCGAGCCCGGCCGGGCGACCUCCGGGCCCUGCGGCUCGGGCGCCCCCCGCGCGCGCGAGGCCGGGCUCCCGGGCGCUGCGGGCCGCGGAGGAAGCCGGGCCCCGCGUGUGGCCUGCGGGCCGGGGGCCGUGAGCCGGCGGCGAAGAUGGAAGGCUUGACGCUGAGCGACGCGGAGCAGAAAUACUACUCGGAUCUCUUCUCCUACUGCGACAUCGAGAGCACCAAGAAGGUGGCGGCCAACGGGCGGGUGCUGGAGCUGUUCCGGGCCGCGCAGCUGCCCAGCGACGUGGUCCUCCAGAUUAUGGAGCUUUGUGGUGCAACAAGACUUGGCUAUUUUGGAAGAAGUCAGUUCUAUAUUGCUUUGAAACUUGUAGCUGUUGCCCAGUCCGGUUUCCCUUUAAGAGUGGAAAGUAUUAAUACAGUAAAGGACCUUCCUCUGCCAAGAUUUGUUGCUUCAAAGAAUGAACAAGAAUCUCGCCAUGCAGCCUCAUAUUCUUCAGAUUCUGAAAAUCAAGGGUCUUAUUCUGGUGUUAUUCCUCCACCACCUGGAAGGGGGCAAGUGAAAAAGGGGUCUGUAAGCCAUGAUACUGUCCAGUCUCGUACAUCUACAGAUCAACAGGAACCUGCAUCUCCAGUAGUUUCACCACAGCAGUCCCCACCAACAUCUCCACACACAUGGAGGAAACACAACCGUCACCCCAGUGGAGGAAAUGGUGAGAGGCCUCUUGCAGGACCUGGGCCAUUUUGGUCUCCCUUUGGUGACGCACAAUCAGGUUCUGCUGCUGGUGAUGCAAUGUGGUCAGGGCAUUCUCCACCUCCACCUCAAGAAAACUGGGUCAGUUUUGCAGAUACUCCACCAACCAGUACUCUUUUAACCAUGCAUCCUGCUUCUGUCCAGGACCAGACAACAGUACGAACUGUAGCUUCAGCUACAACUGCCAAUGAAAUUCGUAGGCAAUCCAGUAGCUAUGAUGAUCCCUGGAAAAUAACAGAUGAACAAAGACAGUAUUAUGUAAAUCAGUUUAAAACCAUUCAGCCUGAUCUAAACGGAUUUAUUCCAGGAUCUGCAGCUAAAGAGUUUUUUACAAAAUCAAAGCUUCCUAUUCUUGAACUUUCUCAUAUUUGGGAACUCUCAGACUUUGAUAAAGAUGGAGCAUUAACACUGGAUGAGUUUUGUGCUGCUUUUCAUCUGGUAGUUGCUAGGAAGAAUGGCUAUGACUUACCAGAAAAACUCCCUGAAAGCUUAAUGCCCAAGCUGAUUGAUUUGGAAGACUCAGCAGAUGUUGGGGAUCAGACAGGUGAGGUAGGUUAUUCCGGCUCGCCUGCAGAAGCACCUCCAAGCAAGUCACCAUCAAUGCCGUCACUAAACCAGACUUGGCCAGAGAUGAAUCAGAGCAGUGAGUGGGAGACAUUUAGUGAACGCUCUUCAAGCUCACAAACUCUGACCCAAUUUGAUUCUAACAUUGCACCAGCUGAUCCUGAUACUGCUAUUGUUCAUCCAGUUCCCAUUCGUAUGACUCCAAGCAAAAUCCACAUGCAGGAAAUGGAACUUAAAAGAACUGGCAGUGAUCAUACUAAUCCCACUAGCCCAUUACUUGUGAAAACAUCUGACCUUUCAGAGGAAAAUAAGAUAAAUUCAUCAGUGAAAUUUGCUUCUGGAAAUACUGUAGCAGAUGGUUACAGUAGUUCAGACUCUUUUACUUCAGACCCAGAACAGAUCGGGAACAAUGUAACUCGUCAAAGGUCUCAUUCAGGAACAUCCCCUGAUAACACUGCACCACCACCUCCCCCUCCAAGGCCACAGCCCUCGCAUUCUAGAUCGUCAUCUUUAGACAUGAAUCGGACCUUUACAGUCACCACAGACUUGUAUAUUCACACAGGACAACAACAGGCUGGAGUUGUUGCCCAUCCUCCUGCCGUGCCUCCAAGACCACAGCCUUCACAGGCUCCUGGUCCCACAGUGCAUCGCCCAGUGGAUGCCGAUGGCAUGAUAACUCACACUAGUACCUCACCUCAGCAGAUACCAGAACAACCAAAUUUUGCAGAUUUCAGCCAAUUUGAAGUAUUUGCUGCAUCAAAUGUAAAUGAAGAACAAGAUGAUGAAGCUGAGAAACAUCCAGAAGUCUUGCCGGUUGAAAAAGCUUCUGAUCCUGCAAGUUCUCUUCGAGUUGCCAAAACAGAUAGUAAAAUUGAAGAAAAGACAGCUGCUAGUGCUCCCGCCAAUGUGGGCAAAGGUACAACACCUCUUGCUCCACCACCCAAACCUGUUCGAAGAAGAUUAAAAUCAGAAGAUGAGUUAAGGCCUGAAGUUGAUGAACAUACACAAAAGACAGGUGUCUUAGCUGGUGUUCUUGCAUCACAGCCUUCUAUUCCUAGGUCUGUUGGGAAAGAUAAAAAAGCUAUUCAGGCAUCAAUUAGACGCAAUAAGGAAACCAACACAGUUUUGGCCAGAUUGAAUAGUGAAUUGCAGCAACAAUUAAAGGAUGUUCUUGAGGAGAGAAUUUCCCUGGAAGUUCAACUGGAACAACUUCGACCAUUCUCUCACCUAUAAGCCAAUUGCCGUUAACUGUGAACAUACCCAUUUUUAAGCAGUUUUGAGUUCAAGCCAAUUUGGAGGCCCAAACAUUCAGCUCACUGCUUAACUCAACAUUAAAUUUUAUGAUUCUGUUUGCCCUAUAUGUUCACCAUUGUAUUUAAGUAUCUUUUAUUUUUUAAUUUCAACAAUAAAAGGGUCAGGACAACUUUU